AGAGAUCCGCCAGCCAUUGUUUCACAUUCUUCCUCUUUCUCAAAGGUUAAAAAAAAAAAAAAAAACCCUAAACCCCUAAUUUCUUAGAUUUUCUCUCUCUUUCUCUCUUUUGCUUUUGUUUGGCAAAAUUGGAUUAAAAUUCGUUCCUUCAUUAUUGUCCUUUUUAAUUUAAAGAAAAAGAUUUCAAAAAAUUAACCUUAAUUCUAACUUUGGGUCUGAAAAGAAUCAAAACAAAGUUAAAUUGGAUGUCAAAGAAACUUAGAACGGUUAGAAUAGUUGAGAUUAGUUGUGAUUUAAUUUCUUUAAUCUUUCUUUCAAGUUUGAAAUUGUGCUUCUUGAUUUUGAUUCGUUGAAUGCCUUUGCACGCGCCUGGAAUCAAGUUUUAGCUGCAUAUUGCUUUUCUAUUAAGUAAAUUUGCCUAAUAUAGGUCUAUAUUUUUGGUACCUUUUGAUUGUUGUUUUUGCCACUUGCUAUGCUUGGAUACAAAAAUAAAUGAAGCUUUUGAAGAAAUGGAGACCGAAAAAUUAUGUUAGAAUUGGUGUUUGGUUUACUCAUUAUUCAUUUUUUAUCCAUUGUGCUUUUGGUUUAUGGUUACUUAUUAGAAAAUGAAAACCAAGUAGGAAAAGCAACAAUCAGUUGAAGCCUAAUUUAAACAUAAUUAUUUCAAUAAGAUUUGAUCUCUUUGUUUGUGAUGGUAGUUGGUUAUUGGCUGAUUAGUUUGCAAUUUGCUAAUGAGGGGUUUUGUCUUUUGCGGUAAUAAGUAUGGAAGGUUGGGAUGUAAUUAACCUUCCUGCAUCUAGCAAUUCUUUGUCUGGAAGCGAGAGUGGUGAACUUCGUGAUUUGGAUGAUGGACCUCAUCAAGUGGAUUCUCAACCUAAUAAUGCUGAGACUAAAGAUGGUGAAACGAAAGCUGGGAUAUCGGAUCUGAAAGAAGGUGAUAUCAGAAAUCCCCAGAGCCAUUUAAUUGUGGAAGUGGAGAUAGACAACUCACUUGUUGACGAUUCAUCUGACAUGCAAAUAAGUGAUGAAAUAACUGAAACUGUGAGAGUUGAAGAGAAAUUAAAUGACUUUAGCUCUGGAGCUCAUUCUGAAUCAUUUACAGUUGAAGAGAAAAUGGAUGGCUUUUCAGUGCCUAACAAAAAGCGGAGACUGGAUGUCAAAAACGGAAGUCCCAUCCAGAACCACAUGAUGGAUGGUAUUUCUGUAUCUGGUGUUAAGAGACACUGAAUUACAUUUGAUGACCAGCAACCUUCUGUUCAUAUUGUGUAUAAUUUCUUAACAAGAGCUAGUAAACAGAAGCUUGAUGAACUUUUGCAGAAGUGGUCAGAGUGGCUAGCUGAACAUGGUUCUUCAUCCCAAGAUCAAAAUGAUCUUAUAGAUUCAGGAGAAGAGACUUAUUUUCCUGCUCUACGUGUUGGUGCAGAGAAGCCCUCUGCUGUGAGGCCUAGAGAUAAAAGACAAUGCUUCCCAUCGUUUCAACUGCGGUUCUUACAGUCAUUCCCUGAAGCAAUGCCCAAAGCCUCGUGAUAAUGUUG